AUGAUCAUCAGAGCUGCUGCUGCUGAUCAGGAUAAUUACGGGAACAGUAAUAGAAUGAUGUCAUCAUCAUCAGCUGCUGCAAAAGUCGUGAAUAAUUUCGCGGGGAAUUCGGGACAAUUGCCAUCAGGAGGAGUUGUGAUCGGUUUUGGGUCUGGAUCGAGUUCCAUACAACCACAAGACCAGCAGCAGCCAAUCAACAACCAUAAUAACAAAUGGGUAUCAACAGAAACCUCUGAGGAAGCCUUCAACAACAGACUCCCUCUUCGCCAAGCUUCAUCACCUUCUUCCUUGCCACCAUCUUUUGAUGGUGGCAGACCUGCACCUGUCAUAGGCAUCACAAAAGAAAUGUCUCAGCAGCAGCAGCAGCAGCACUCAUCAGCCAGACACAUUUCUGCACCAACUGGUCCCACUAACAACAUGGUGGAGUAUCUCAGGACAGUGUUUGAGAAACUGAGCGCUGUUUCUUCUUCUUCUUCUUCAACUACUACUACUACUACUACUACAGCUACUACUUCUUCUGUCACUGGUGUCACUACCAUGCCCAUCAGCAACAGUGACAGUGCCAGUGCUACCGUCACCUUCAAUGGUAAUAGAAUAGUGACAUCUGAUUUUGAGUUGUGGCAGUUGGACGGUGUGUGUCCAGAGCAUUCCAAGUAUUUGAAUGCUGCGACAGGGAUCAACAAGAGAGACCAGGACAAUGUGCAUGACCAGGCUAUGUCUAUUGGCAGGAUGAUUGACCUGAUUUUGAAGGAUUCCCUGCACAGUUAUGCAGUUGAAAGAUGCGACUUCAUCAACCAAACCUUUGAGGAAUGGGAAGCUUCAGAGCCUGAUGAUACCUGUGUCCCAUCUCCAGAACUAAGCACGAUGCCCAACAAAUGCACUGAUAGCUGUGAAACCAAUGGUUACGUGAGUAUAUGCCAUUGCUCAAUAUUCCUAAAACUAUGCAAAUUUGAACUUAACGUA